CAGCCGAUUCUCAGCCCAUGAGGGCGGGGAGAAAAGGGUGGUUGUCCUGGGCAAGGAGAUCGGCCGGUGCCUGCAGCAAGCGAGCUGGGCCUGCGGGGGGACGCCUACGGAUAGACAGAAGAGAGCAGUUGACUGCCAACAAGACCAUAUUGUGAGCCGAAAUGGAACAAGCAGCUGGUGGACCGACGAGGGACCAGGCUACAGGGACACAUUUGACAGAGGACGUUCCCAAAGCUAAGAAGUGCACGGUGAUCGGAGGUUCUGGAUUCCUGGGGCAGCACAUGGUAGAGCAGUUGCUGGCACGUGGCUAUGCCGUCAAUGUGUUCGAUAUCCGACAAGGGUUUGACAACCCCCAGGUGAAGUUCUUUCUGGGCGACCUCUGCAGCCAGCAGGACCUGUACCCAGCUCUGAAAGGUGUCAGCACAGUUUUCCACUGUGCGUCGCCCCCACCAUCCAGUCACAACAAGGAACUCUUUUACAGAGUGAAUUACAUUGGCACCAAGAAUGUCAUUGAAACUUGCAAAGAGGCUGGGGUUCAGAAGCUCAUUUUAACCAGCAGCGCCAGUGUCAUCUUCGAGGGUGCUGACAUCAAGAAUGGAACCGAAGACCUCCCUUAUGCUGCCAGGCCCAUAGACUACUACACAGAGACCAAGAUCCUACAGGAGAGCACGGUCCUGGGUGCCAACGAUCCUGAGAAGAAUUUCCUAACCACAGCCAUCCGCCCUCAUGGCAUUUUUGGCCCAAGGGACCCACAGUUGGUCCCCAUCCUCAUCGAGGCGGCCCGGACCGGCAAGAUGAAGUUCAUGAUUGGAAAUGGCAAAAACCUGGUGGACUUCACCUUUGUGGAGAACGUGGUCCACGGACACAUCCUGGCUGCAGAGCACCUCUCCCGGGAUCCAGCCCUGGGUGGGAAGGCCUUUCACAUCACCAAUGACGAGCCCAUCCCUUUCUCCACCUUUCUGUCCCGCAUCCUGACAGGCCUCAAUUACGAGGCCCCCAAGUACCGCAUCCCCUACUGGGUGGCCUACUACCUGGCCCUCCUGCUGUCCCUGCUGGUGAUGGCGAUCAGCCCGCUCAUCCAGCUCCAGCCCACCUUCACACCAAUGCGAGUGGCGCUGGCCGGCACGUUCCACUACUACAGCUGCGAGAGAGCCAAGAAGGCCCUGGGCUACCGGCCGCUGGUCUCCAUGGAGGACGCCGUGCAGAGGACUGUGCAGAGCUUUCGCCACCUGCGGAAGGUUGAGUGAUGCACCUGGCGACUGGACUGUCUCUGCACAGGCCCCGCCAUGGCCUUGUCCCGUAACAGCUUCCCAAAGAGGUUCUUCAGAGCCUGCGACUCCUGCCGUGUGGAGCAGGGCACAUGCCCUGCGCCUCCCACAACCGGGAGGGCAGAGACAGCAGUAGGCGUCCCUUCCUGCCUUGGACUGGAUUCAAAUGGCCUAAAGCAGGCCGCUUCCUAUUCUCCUUUCGUGUUCUCUGUCUCUCCUCUCGGGUCCUCAUUUCAAAGACCACCUUUGAAAUUGUUCAUUUCA